AUGGCUGUUAAUGUUUAUUCCACAUCAGUGACAAGUGACAAUCUGAGUCGUCAUGACAUGCUGGCAUGGAUCAACGAAUCUCUGCAAGUCAACCUGACCAAGAUAGAGCAACUCUGUUCAGGUAGCGUGUAUUGUCAGUUCAUGGACAUGUUGUUUCCUGGAUGCGUCACGCUAAAGAAAGUGAAAUUCGGAGCCAAGCUGGAACACGAGUACAUCCAGAAUUACAAAGUCCUGCAAGCCGGCUUCAAGAAAAUGGGUGUUGACAAAAUAAUUCCAGUUGACAAAUUGGUGAAAGGAAAGUUCCAAGACAACUUUGAAUUUAUACAGUGGUUUAAAAAGUUUUUCGAUGCAAAUUACGACGGAAAAGACUAUGACCCAGUGGCUGCCAGACAAGGACAAGAUUCAAAUCCCGCUCCAGUUCUCCCAACUCCAGUCCUGAACAAACCCAAGAAACCCAUUGGAUCAACAAAUUCAGCUCCACAGAGAGCCGUACCAGCCCAGAGAACCCCAGCGCCCAACAAACCUGCCCAGGGGAUUGGCAGGAAACCUGGAGGUAUUGGAAAUGGAGAAGAGGAGUCUGCAGAACUAAUCCAACAGAUAAAUGUUCUUAAGAUUACCGUUGAAGAUCUAGAAAAAGAAAGAGACUUUUAUUUCGGCAAGCUAAGGAAUAUUGAGCUGAUUUGCCAAGAGAAUGAGGGAGAGAGCGACCCAGUCCUUCAGAGGAUCAUAGAGAUUCUGUACGCCACAGAUGAGGGUUUUGUUAUUCCAGAUGAAGGAGCGCCACCAGAGGACCAGGAAGAAUAUUAA